AUGCAUUACGAAAAACGUUCUUUGUUCUUUAAAAUUCUGGCCUUCUUUUUUGGCCAGGUUGUUUUAAAUAAAGCUACACAGCCUGCCUACGUAUCAUUUGAACCUCCGUCGAUUGAAACUGCCUACAACACAAGCUCCUCAUCCAUUCUUGUUGGCUGGAGAAACAAUCAGUCUUCAAGCAACCAUAUUUCAGGAUACAGAGUAAGCUACUGGGAAGGCAACUCGUCUCUAAGUAUCCAUAUAGUUCUCUGCCCUGAGUGGAAUUUAUCAACAAUUUUAACGAAUUUGAAACCGUUUACGAAUUACUGUUUAGAACUUUCCUCGUUCACAAAUACCACCGCUAGCAACAGAAGCCAAUGUCAGUACGUGACUACAGAUGAAGCAGAAACGUCGUUCAUUCUUGGUAACCUCUCAUUGUUUUCUACCUAUGGGGCUCAAAUUUCGGAAUGUACUAUAGCAGGAUGUGGAAACUAUAGCAAUACAGUAUUUGCUGAAACCUGUCGCUGUCCAAAGUAUCUCUCUGCCUCCAAAAGCCAGUCAUCCUUAGACCAAGGAGGAAAUGAUUCAAAGAGUAUAGCAGACAUUAUCGCCAACACAGUUACAAAAUCAUGCGGGUACUGUCAAGAACACAAUGAAACUGUGCUGUUAUUUUCCAACAAGACUGAUGAAGAAUCUAAUCUUCAAUUCCCAGUCACAAGGACAAAUUCAAGAGGAAGUGAAUUCAGCAAGUUUAUUUCUGUAUUAGAGGUGCCUGGGGUGUUAGCCGUGAAGAGGCAGGACAAUGAUUCUUCUCGUUUCUACGAAGAAAUUAUGACUGGUUCUGUGUUUGAUAUCUGGCCAGUCUUUGUUGUGUCGUUAUUGACUGUUUAUUCAGCAGGUGUACUCGCUUGGUUUUUGGAUAGGGAGGAACAAUCCUCAUCUUUUGUCGCGGGAGUGUACGAAGGAUUCUGGUGGUCAUUCAUCACCAUGACAACAGUAGGUUAUGGCGAUCGUUGUCCAAAGUCUAAACCAGCAAGAGCGUUUGCAAUUGUCUGGUUACUUAUCAGUAUAGUUCUACUCUCAUUCAUCAUGGCCGCCAUGUCAUCCACUUUAACUGCUACAGUGGUUCGGUCACAGAAAAAGGACUUCAACAUCGAUCGAAACAGCAAGGCAGCAGCGGUAGCUAAUUCUCCAGAGUAUAAAUUGGCUGUGGGAUCACUCAGUGCCAAGUUGAAGCUCACCACAAAUUACUCAUCAGUAGAGAGACUCAUCAGAGCACUCAAGGAGGGCGAAGUUGACUAUAUUCUUGUUGACAUGUAUCUUCCUGUUAAACGGAAAGAUCUUUUCAAUGGCUCUUGGUUCGAAAUUGCAGCGCUGUACAAGGCAAAAAUAAGUCACGGGAUUCUUCUUCGGGGUGACGCCCUAAAACUCGCGUCUGCGUUGGAAGAGAUGAUAGCAUACGAUAACGUGCAGACUAAUUUUCUAAAAAACAGCAACGAUGACGAGGGAGCAGCUGAGUCGACAUCCAACGAGUAUCUGUUCUUCGAUCCGGCCAGUCCAUUUUACAAGCAAAUCAUAUUCGCGGGCCUGGGUAUCCUGUGCAUCUUCACAGUUUGUGGGCUGGUUUAUCAAAUGGUGUACACCAUAAACAGAAAAUGCCAGACGAGUGAACAGGAGACAGAGAGGGAUGAAAUCCAAAGGGAACUACAUUACUUGGUCGAUGAAUUUUACCGCUCUCUUCGUCAGAAGUAUGAAAGACUCAAGAAUAUGCACAAAAAGAAAUUACUUAAAGUGGCUCGUCAGGCUAGAAAUGAACUCGAAGCAUGCGCAGAAAAACGAAAUGAGGCUAUGGUCCCAUGACCAAGUUUCGCUCCAACAGCCACUUUCUACCAAUGUGAGCUUGAAUAUUCGCUUUAAACUUUAUUUCUUAUUCAAGACAACUUAACACUAAAAAGAGCAUCAAAUGCAUGUACAUUUAAAAAUGGAAAAGGGAUACGCUUGAGACAUGUCGAGUGGUAUGUGUCUGUUCAAAAAAAGGAUCAUCUCGUAUUGACCACACCCUGCGGGCAAAUGACACUAAGAGCGUGUACUGUAAAAAAAAUCUUCAAUGCCGUUUAAAUUUGACUCAAACUAUUAUGGUUAAGUCCACCAUAGUUAUAGUGCUCUCUGACUUGUGUU